CCUCAUAGAUUUUCAAUUUUCUAUCUUUAAUUUCCCUUCUCACCCUCAAAGCCAUUUCUCCAUCUUCAAUCUUCAGAACCUUAUAGAAAUAAUAAUGGCAACAAGAUACAAUCCAAAGAACAUUCUGAUAACUGGAGCAGCUGGUUUCAUUGCAUCACAUGUAUGCAACAGGCUAAUCAGAAACUACCCUGAUUACAAGGUUGUUGUUCUUGACAAGCUUGAUUACUGUUCAAAUCUGAAGAACCUGCUUCCAUCAAGAUGUUCUUCGAAUUUCAAGUUCAUCAAGGGAGAUAUAUGCAGUGCUGACAUUGUUAACUACAUUCUUCUCACUGAGUCCAUUGAUACCAUAAUGCACUUUGCAGCACAGACUCAUGUUGAUAACUCCUUUGGCAACAGCUUUCAGUUCACUCAGAACAACAUCUAUGGAACUCAUGUUCUCUUGGAAGCUUGCAAAGUUAGUGGUGGACAAGUUAAAAGGUUCAUCCAUGUCAGCACAGAUGAAGUUUAUGGUGAGACAGAUGAGGAUGCAGUUGUAGGAAACCAUGAGGCAUGUCAACUUCUACCUACAAAUCCAUAUUCAGCAACAAAAGCUGGUGCUGAAAUGCUGGUAAUGGCUUAUGGUAGAUCCUAUGGUUUACCUGUUAUAACAACAAGAGGGAACAAUGUCUAUGGCCCUAACCAGUUCCCAGAGAAGCUGAUUCCAAAGUUCUUGCUCUUAGCCAUGAAUGGAAAGCCACUACCAAUUCAUGGAGAUGGAUCAAAUGUGAGAAGCUAUCUGUAUUGUGAAGAUGUUGCUGAGGCCUUUGAGGUCAUUCUCCAUAGAGGUGAAGUAGGACAUGUUUACAACAUUGGUACAAAGAAGGAGAGAAGAGUGAUUGAUGUUGCAAGGAACAUAUGCAACUUGUUCUCUUUGGAUCCUGAUACACAAAUCAAGUUUGUUGAGAAUAGGCCUUUCAAUGAUCAAAGGUACUAUUUGGAUGAUCAGAAGUUGAAGAGUUUGGGAUGGUUUGAGAGAACAACUUGGGAAGAAGGACUAAGAAAAACAAUGGAUUGGUAUCUUAAGAAUCCUGAUUGGUGGGGUGAUGUUUCUGGUGCUUUGAUUCCUCAUCCAAGAAUGUUAACUAUGCCUGGAGUUGACAAGAACAAUGGCCAAGAUAAUGCUUCUAAUGUUGUUGUUAUGAACAAUUCUAAUCAGAGCAAAAUGGUGGUUCCAAACUCAAGGAACAAUAUGAAGUUCUUGAUCUAUGGUGGUGGAGGAUGGAUUGGAGGACUUCUUGGGAAAGUUUGUGAGAAUCAAGGGAUACCCUUUGAGUUUGGAAAGGGGAAUUUAGAAGAUAGGUCACAAAUCUUGGUUGAUAUUGAAACUAUUAAGCCAACUCAUGUUUUUAAUGUUAAUGGUGUCAUCACUAGUGCAUUGAAUUUGAAGUGGUUUGAGGCAAACAAAACAGAAACUAUUGGUGCUGAUGUUGUUGGUGUGCUAACCUUAGCAGAUGUCUGCAAUGAUUAUGAUCUUCCCAUGAUGAAUUAUGUCUUUGGUGGUAACUUUGAAGAUAAACCAAAUUCUAAUGAUUCUUUCUACUCUAAAACCCAAGCCAAGGUUGAAGAGCUUCUAAAGGAUUAUGAAAAUGUAUGCAUUUUCAAAAUUCAAUUUCCAGUAUCCUCUGAUCUUAGCAGUCCACAAAACUUCAUCACUAAGAUGACAAGAUCUGAUAAAGUGGCUAAUGUUGCUGCUAGCAUCACUGUUUUGGAUGAACUUCUUCCAAUUUCAAUUGAGAUGGCACAAAAGAAUUUGAAGGGUGUUUGGGACUUAACCAAUCCUGAUACUGUGACAUGCAAUGAGGUUCUUGAGAUGUACAAGGAUUAUAUUGAUCCUUGUUUGAAGUGGAAUAAUUUCACACCUAAAGAAGAGGCUCAAUUUUCUACUCAAUACACCAAUGGAGUUGAUGCAUCAAAAUUGAAGAAGGAAUUUCCUCAGCUCCUAUCUGUUAAAGAUUCUUUGAUUAAAUAUGUCUUUGAGCCAAAGACAAAAAGCUUAGUGCAUUGAUCAAUGCCAAAAUUAUGAAUAUGCACAGAUACAUUUAUACACACAUGAAUAAUAAUAAUGUGACUAUCUA